AUGUUAUACCGCCAGACAAUUCUUUUAACAAAAAAGGAAAAACCUGCACAAAAGGAGAAAGCAGAGAAAAAAACUCCAGUCAAAGAAUCUACAAAGGAGGACUCUAAAGAAAAGGCCAAGGCUGAGAAGAAAGUCUCUGUGAAAGAUGGAAACGUAGAACCAGAAAAACUUGCAAAGUUUGCGAAAAAAGCCCCAGCCAAAGAUGAAAAGAAAGCUAAGGUCUCUUUGACAGAGGAAAAGGUAGAAAAAGAAGUAAAGGCUAAAACAUCUGAAGCAAAGGUACCAAAAGCCAUAAAGGAAACAAAAACAUCAGAGGAAAACAAAGCAAAGCUUAAGACCAAGGAAGAAGAGAAGGAGAAGGUGGAAACCAAAGUUGAGACACAAGAUCAGUAUCAGUUCUGUCGCUAUGUGGUUGACAUGUAUGCUCACGGGGAUUUAUACACAGCUGGUAAGCAGCCAAUGACUCCUGCAAUUUCCCCAGUAAAAGCAACGGCACCUUCACUUCCCUCUAAAAAAGUGAAAGAAGAGCUAAAUAAAAAAGUUCCAGAGAAGAAGGACAUUCAAGAGUCCAAAAAAGCAGAAACAACAAAAGAAAAGCAGAAAGUGGUGCCUGAAAUAAAGAAAGAGAUGAAAGCAGAACACCUGAAAACUGCAGCAGCUAAAAAAGAGGCUCCAAAAAUAAUUCAAGCUAAAGAAAAGAAGGAAGAAAAGAAAGCAGCCAAAGAUCUGAAGACAAUUAAAAAAAGAAAAAAACCAGAAGAACCCAAAGAGGAGCCAUCUGUAGUCACACCUAAAAAAGCAAAGAUUUUAAGAAGAAAGAAAACAAAAGAACCAGAACCUUUACCAGUUAAAGCAAAAAUGUCUAAACUGAAGAAAACAAAAGAAAAAGCUAAGAAGAAAAAGCUUUCCCCAGUAAUAGAAGCAAAAUCUAUGAAAAUUAAGAAGACAAAAAAAGAGAAACCCAAGGAAGAAAGACUUUCAACUAUAAAAGAAGAGCCAGAAAUACCUAAAGUUGAUGAAUCUAUGCCUGCAAAGGAGGGCACGUGUGGAACUAGUCGCAUUGUCCCUGGUGUGAUCAUAAUUAUGUCUGAAUCUCUCACGGGUCAAUCUGAUGCAGGAAGAGCUAUCACUGUCGACUCAAUAUUAAAAGAUGGACUAUCAAAAGAACAAGAGGAAGAAGUGUUUAAGGCAGCAAGGAAAGAAACGGAAAGGGAAGAAGAUCAAGUAAUGGAGUCAUUACCAACAGAAAAAGAAGAGGAAAAAAUUGUUACACCAUUGCAAACAGAAAAAGAAGAGAAAGUUUGGGAAAAAGUUCUAGAGCAUGAAAAAGAAAAGAAAGAAGAGAAAGUAACUGUGCCCAUUGUAGAACCUAAAAUGGAAAUUGAACCUGAAAAACCACUUCCACCUGUUGCAGAGCAUGAAGAGCAAAAGAAAGAAGAGAAAGUAACUGUGCCUGUUGUAGAACCUAAAAUGGAAAUUGAACCUGAAAAACCACUUCUACCUGUUGCAGAGCCAGAAAAGCAGCAAGAAGAAAAAACUAUUAUUGUCCCACAACCAGAAGUGGUUGUAAAAGAGCAGGAAAGAAUUAUCACACCAAUACCAACAGAACCUGAAAAGGAAAAAGAACAGAUAUUGUGUCUGCCAGUAACAAAAGUACCCGAAAAGGAGGAGGAAAAGCCAUCAGUGGUGACACCGACAGAGCUUCUCAGACAUGAAGAAGUACUUCCAGUUGUGGAAAUAAAAGAGCCCUUCGCGCCAGAAGAAAUACCUAAGGAAGUAGAGAUUAAAGAGGAACAUAUUAUAAGACUGCAGGUCAUAGUGUCUCCCCAACUAGAUCACACAAAGCAAUAUGAACAGGAGCCAAGAGAAAUAAUUAAAGAAGAACCUGCAAAGCCAAUAGAGCCACAGCCUACAGAAAUAAUUGAAGAAUUUGAAGAAAAAAAUAUUUCAAAAGAGCCCACAAAGCAAUUUGAACCGGAGCCAAGAGAAAUAAUUGAAGAAGAACCUUCAAAGCCAAUAGAGCCACAGCCAACAGAAAUAAUUGAAGAAUUUGAAGAAAAGGAUAUUUCAAAAGAGGCUACCAAAGCAGAGAAAGGGCAAACAAACGCUCUUCUGAAGAUAUUAGAAGCUCUACAGGACUUUCAAGAAGGAAUUGCUAGAUUGGGAGGGGACUUGAAUCUUUCAUUGUAUCCACUAUAUAAUAUUACCACAGAAACACCAGUGAAAAGUCAUGAAGUAGAACAAAAAAAAAAUAAAAAAGCUGUUCCACUGAAGACACAGAAAAAAGAGCAAGCUGAGCAAAAGAAAGAGGCAACAGGGAAGAUACUCAAAAAAGAUUUGGCUAAACCUGCAAAAGAAACACCUGCAAAAAAAAUUGAAAGAAAGCCAGCCAUGAAAGAAAUCUCAGUGAAGAAACAUGAAGAUGUGGCAGAGUCCAAGAAAGAAAAGAAAAUUGACCCAGCAGCAACAAAGAAAGAAAGCACACCAAAAAAACAGGAAGAGCCUGCUAAACCUAAGAAAAAACAAGAAUUGCCAGUGGAACCUAAGAAUGAAACAUCACUAGAGCAUAAAAGUACAGCAGAACCUGCAGGGGAGUCCAGGGAGAAACAAAAAAAGCAAGCAGAAACCAAAAAGAAGCAUACAAAGACUUCAGAAUCCAAGGAAAAACAUUAUGAAUCAGCACAACCCAAGAAAAAACAUUCUGAGUCAGUAGAUUCUAAGAAAAAACAGGAUGAACCAACAGGACCCAAUAAAAAUCAUGUUGAACCAAAUAAAAAACAGGCAGCAGAACUUAUAAAAAGGCAUACAGAGCCUGAAAAACCUGAGAAACAGCACAAGGAGCCUGCAGAAAUCAGGAAAACAGAAGAAAGGUCAGCAGAACUGAAGAAAAAACACAAGGAGCAAUCAGAAUCCUUAAAACAGCAUGUAGAGCCGACAGAUAUCAAGAAAAACUAUGAUGAGCCAGAACCAAAGAAAAAGAAUUUAGAGCCCACAGAUCCCAAGAAAAAGCACAAAGAACCAGCAGAACCCAAGAAAAGACAAGAACAGUCCGCAGAACAGAAAAAGACACAAGAGAAACCAGAGGAGCAUGUAGAACCAUCAGAUUCAACAACAAAACAAGAAAAGCCAGCUGAACCAAAACAAAAGUAUAAAACACAUUUAGAGCCAGCAAAACAAAAGGAAAAAUAUGGAGAAUUAACAGAUCCCAAGAAAAAGCAGGUGGAGCAAGCAGUGUCCAAGGCAAAAAAGGAAAAGCCAGCAGAAUCCAAGAAAAAGCACGUGGAGCUAUCAGAUUCCAAGAAAAAACAUGAUGAUCCAGAAAAACCUAAUAAAAAGCUUCAAAAGCCAGAAGAACCCCAAAGAAUGCAUGUAGAUACAUCAGAAUCUAGGAAAAAACAUGAAGAGCCAGCAGAAGCAAGGAAAAAGUAUGUAGAGCCAGCGUCACCCAAGAAAAAACACGAGGAUCCAUUAGAAUCAAAGAAAAAGCAUGAAGAAACACCAAUAACAAAGGCAAAACAGGAGGGGCCAGGAAGACCCAAGCAAAAACAGGAAGACCCUGUAGAACCCAAAAACAAAAAUGAGGAGCCUUCAGAAUGUACAAAAAUCCAUGUAGAACUAUCAGAAUCCAAGAAAAAACAUGAAGUGCCAGCAGAACCAAAAAUAAAACAUGAAGAUCUAGUAGAACCCAGGACAAAGCAUAAAGAGACAUCAGAAUCCAAGAUAAAGCAUGAAGCGUCCAUGGAACGAAAGAAGAUGCUUGUCACGCCAGUAGUACUUAAGAAAAAGCAUGAUGAGUCAGCAGAAGCCAAGGCAACGCAUAAAGAGUCAGCAGAACCCAAGAAAAAGCAUGAAGAGCCAGCAGAACCCAAGAAAAAACAUGAAGAGACAACAGAACCUAAAAAAAAACAUGAAGAGCAAUCAGAGUCCAAGAUAAAACAUGAACAGUUAGCAGAACCCAAGAAAAAGCAGGUAGAGCCAUCAGAACCCAAGGAAAAGCAUGAAGAGCCAACAGAACCCAAGAAAAAACAUGAAGAGCCAGCAGAACCCAAGAAAAAACAUGAAGAGCAAUCAGAGUUCAAGAUAAAACAUGAACAGCUAGAAGAACCCAAGAAAAAGCAUGAAGAGCUAGCAGAACCCAAGAAAAAGCAUUUAGAGCCAUUAGAAUCCAAGACAAAACAUGAAGAGCCAGCAGAACCCAAGAAAAAGCAUUUAGAGCUAUUAGAAUCCAAGACAAAACAUGAAGAGCCAACAGAACCCAAGAAAAAACAUGAAGAGCCAGCAGAACCCAAGACAAAACAUAAAGAGCCUGCAGAAUCCAAGGAAAAGCAUGAAGGAACAGUAGAACCCAAGAAAAGGCAUAAAGAGCCAGUGGAACCCAAUAAAAAGCAGGUAGAGCCAUCAGAAUCCAAGGCAAAACAUAAAGAUUCUGAGGAACCUAACACAAAGCAUGAAGAGACGACAGAAUCUAAGAAAGGGUAUAAAGAGCCAUCAGAAUCCAAGAUAAAACAUGAACAGCUAGCAGAACCCAAGAAAAAGGAGGUAGAGCAAUCAGAAUCCAAGGUAAAACGUGAAGAGUCAGCGGAACCCAGGAAAAAGCAUAAAGAGCCAUCAGAACCAAAGAAAAAGCAUUUAGAGCCAUUAGACUCCAAGACAAAACAUGAAGAGCCAGCAGAACCCAAGAAAAAACAUGAAGAGCAAUCAGAGUUCAAGAUAAAACAUGAACAGCUAGAAGAACCCAAUAAAAAGCCUGAAGAGCCAGCAGAACCCAAGAAAAAGCAUUUAGAGACAUUAGAAUCCAAGACAAAACAUGAAGAGCCAGCAGAACCCAAGAAAAAACAUGAAGAGCAAUCAGAGUUCAAGAUAAAACAUGAACAGCUAAAAGAUGCCAAGAAAAAGCAUGAAGAGCCAUCAGAACACAAGAAAAAGCAUUUAGAGCCAUUAGAACCCAAUAAAAAAUAUGAAGAGCAAUCAGAGUUCAAGAUAAAACAUGAACAGCUAAAAGAACCCAAGAAAAAGUAUGAAGAGCUAGCAGAACCCAAGAAAAAGCAUUUAGAGCCAUUAGAAUCCAAGACAAAACAUGAAGAGCCAGCAGAACCCAAGAAAAAACAUGAAGAGCAAUCAGAGUUCAAGAUAAAACAUGAACAGCUAGAAGAACCCAAGAGAAAGCCUGAAGAGCCAGCAGAACCAAAAAAAAAGCAUUUAGAGACAUUAGAAUCCAAGACAAAACAUGAAGAGCCAACAGAACCCAAUAAAAAGAAGGUAGAGCCAUCAGAAUCCAAGGCAAAGCAUAAAGAGUCAGCGGAACCCAAGAAAAAGCAUGAGGAUCCAGCAGAACCCAAGAAAAAACAUGAAGAGACAACAGGACCUAAGAAAAAACAUGUAGAGCAAUCAGAAUCCAAGAUAAAACAUGAACAGCGAGCAGAAUACAAUAAAAGGCAUGACGAGCUAGAAGAACCCAGGAAAAAGGAUUUAGAGCCGUCAGAAUUAAAGAUAAAAAAUGAAGAGCCAGUAGAAUACAAGAAAACGCAUGAAGGGAAAGUUGAACCCAAGAUAAAGCAUGAAGAGCCAGCAGAACUCAAUAAAAAACACAACGUGCCAGCAGAACCCAGAAUAAAACAUGACUUGUCAAUUAAAUCUAUGACAGACCUCCCACUAAAGAAACAUAAAGAGCCAAAAGAACCCAAGAUAAAACAUAAAUUGUCAGCAAAAAUUAAGAAAGAGACCCCAGUGCAAAAACAAGAGCAAACAGAACCUAAGAAGAAAGAUGAAGAGCCAACAGAACUAAAUAAAAAAGAUAAAAAGCCAACAGACAUACCUGUGGAAAAACAUGAAAAGCCAAUAGAACCCACUAAAACACAUGAAGAGUCAAGAGAACCCAAGAAAAAGCAUGAAUUUUCAAAAGAAAUUAAGAAAGAGACACAUAUGAAAAAGCAUAAGAAGCCAACAGAACAUAAAGAAAAAGAUGAAAAACCAAUAGAACCAAAGAAAACACAUGAAAAGGCAACAGAGCCUAAAAAGAAAGAUGAACAGCCAAAGGAACCCAAGAUAGAAUAUGAAGAGCCAACAGAACCCAAGAAAAAACACAAAGAGCCAACAGAACAUAAAAACGUAACAAAACAUGGAGAGCCAACAGAACCUAAGAAAAAGCAUGAAGAACCAAAAGAACCUGAGAAAAAAGAUAAAGAGCCAACUGAACCCAAGAAGAAACCUGGAGGGCCCACAGAACCCAAGAAAAAACAGGAAGUGCCAACAGAACCUAUGAAAAAACAUGAAGGACCAACAGAGCCCAAGAAAAAACAUGAUGGUCAAACAGAACCUAAAGAGAAACAUGAAGUGCCUACAGAAUCCAAUGAGAAUCAAGAGCUAGCAGAACCUGAAAAAGACCUUACAGUGAAACAUGAAAAGCCAACAGAAUCUAAGAACAAGCUUGAAUCAUCAGCAGAAGUUAAGAAAGAGACCCAAAUGAAAACACAUGAAAUGAUAGCAGAACCCAAGAAAAAACAUGAAGAGCCAACAGAAUCCAAGAAGAAACAUGAUGAGCCAACAGAACCUAAGACAAAACAUAAAGAGCCAAUGGAACCCAAGACAAAACAGGAACAGACAAUUGAACCAAAGAUUAAACCUGAAGAGAAAGCAGGACACCAUCAAAAAGAUCAAUUACCCACUGAAUUAAAAACAGAGACUCCAGUGACAGAACAUGAAAAGCCAACAGAACCCAAGAAGAAACAGGAGGAGCCCAUGGAACUGAAAAUAAAACAGAAGGAGCCAGAAAAACCACAGAAAGAGACCCCAGUGAAAGAACAUGAAAAGCCAACAGAACCCAAGAAGAAACAAGAGCAGCCAGAAGAACUAAAGAAGAAACUGGACGAGCCAGCAGAACAGAAGAAAGAGACCUCAGUGAAAGUUCAUGAAAAAACAAAAGAACCCAAGAAGAAACAGGAGCAGCCAGAAGAAUUAAAGAAGGAACAGGAAAAGCCAGUAGAACACAAGAAAGACCUCCUAGCGGAAGAGCAUGAAAAGCCAUCAGAACCCAAGAAGGAAGGGGAAGAGCCAGUAGAAACCAAAAAAGAGGCUACAGUGAAAAAAGAGCUGCCUUCAGAACACAAGAAAGAGACACCAGAAAAAGAACAUAAAGAGCCAGCAGUGGCAAAGAAAGAAAUAACAGUGCGAAAACCGAAACAAGUACCUGCAGAAAUAAAGAAAGAAACCCUGGAGACAACUGUUGAAAAAAUAUCAAAGGAAGAAUCUCCAGUGAAGCCACAGAAAACAACAGAGGAAACAAAAGAAAUACCAGUGGCAAAAACUGAAAAGAAAACAGAAGAAAUAAAGAGAGAAAUUCCAGCAAAAAAACUGGAAGAACACAUAGGAAGUAAGAAUGAAACAACAGGACAAAUCCUGGAAAAAGAAUCUAAGAAAACAACCAAAGAAACAACAGCAGAUGAGACUGGAAAGAAACUGGAACAAUCAAAAACAGUCAAAGUUAAAGCAGGAAAACGUCAAGGCAUCUUGAAGACUGAACCAGCUGUUGAUGAAGAAAAGACAACUGCAAAAAACAUCACCGAAGACAAAUCUAAGAAAAAGACAGCCACAAUAGCUGAAGAGAAACCUGCAAAGACAGAAGCAAAUGUGACAGACAUGAAAGGAAAAGAGAAAGUCAAAGAAAAAGAAAAAAUAAUUAAGGAAAAAGCAUCAAAGGAAGAAGAAAAGACAGAACAUGAAGAAAUCCUCUCUGCAAAGGAAGGUUCUCCUGACUAUCUACAGAGCGUCUUAAGAGAUGCUUUCAGCAUCAUCAAUGAAUUUGGGGAAGAUGGCUUCCAUUAUUUGCAAGAUUUUGUCUAUGAUCACUUUACUGCAGUUGAACGCGUGGAAGGUUCUCCUGACUAUGUCCAGGCUGUUUUGAGAGAUGCUUUCAGCUCCGUUAGUGAAUUUGGAGAAGGUUAUAUUCACAUUGUCCAGAAUAUCUCUUAUAAUGGACUUGAAAAACUGUCUCAUUUUGGAGGAGAUUGGCUUCAGUUCUUCCAGAAUUUCUUCCAAGAUAGCUUUAAUACUUUUACUCAGCAUGGAGAAGAAUGGGCUCAGUUUUUCCAGAACUUCUCUCAUGAUGUCUUCAAUAAACUUAAUCUGUAUGGAGAAGAUUAUUCUCAGUUCUUCCAGAAUCUCAUCUAUGAAGGACUUGAUAAAGUCACUCAGUUUGGAGAAGAUUGUGCUCAGUUCUUCAAAAAUCUCUUCCAUAAUGGACUUGACAAACUUAGUCACUUUGGACAAGAUUGCAUUCAGUUUUUACAGAACUUCUACAAUGAUAGUAUUAAUAAGGCCAGUGAAAUUGGAGCAGGUCUUCUUCAGUACUUCAAGGACUUUUUCUAUGAUAUACCUUAUAAGGUCAAUCAGUUAAUGGAAGAUCUUUUACACAAUUUCCAAAGUGUCUUCUAUGAUGGGCUCAAUAGGUGUGGUCAAUUUGGAACAGACCUUUUUCACUAUUGCCAGUGUUUUUUCUAUGAUACUCUGAAUUGGCUUAGUAAAUUCAAAACAGAUCUUUAUCAGUAUUUCCUCAAUCUUGCCUAUGAGGGGACUGAUAGACUCACUGACUUUGGAAAAGGUCUCCUUGACUACUUCCAGGAUCUUUUUUAUGGUGGACUUAACAAAUUCAACCAAUACAAAGAAGAUUUUCUUCAGUACAUAGGAAAUCUCUUCUAUGAUGGGCUCAAUAAUAUUAUUCAAUUUGGAAAAGAUAUUCUUCACUUCUUUCAAAGCAUCUUCUACGGUGGAGUUGACAAAGCUUCUGACUUCAUAGAAGGAAUUUCUCAAUAUUUCCAAAGUCUCUUCUAUGAUGGACUUGACAGAUUUACUACAUUUACAGAAGAUCUUAUUAACUACUUUCAGAGUCUUUAUAACAACGCACUUCAAAAUUAUGGAUUUCCUUUCCUCUCUACUCCAGUCUACAGUCAGGAACAAGAUUCAAGUCCUUCACAAUCGGAAGAAGAUACGAAGACAGGAGUACAUGGACAAUAAACAAUAACAUCUGAUACUGUAUUUACUAACAGAAUAUUUUUGAAAAAAAAUAUAUUUACAAUGAGUGCUCAAGGAACAGGUCAUAAGACAGAGAAGGAUUUUACAUCUGUAAGUGCCAUGAGAAUAAGAAAGGAGCACAACAUAUAAGGAUGCGUCACGACAAGGACAUUUAGUCCUUCAUUAUUUGACAAUACCAGAAGCCUAGAUUUAAAGCAAUAACUGCAAACUGCAAUGAAGCGUGCUUAGGUGCUUCUAUAUUUACCACUGUGUCUCCAACCAGCACAGGGAAAAUCACUGCAGGUAGAGUCAAUGGUACCAGCUUCCUUGUGUUAUCAGCAAUGGCAGUAAAUGGUACUUCUCUAGGCGAACUGUGUAGGGAUUGACAUAAAACACUUAUGUAGACUUGGUAAAGUCUUAACCACUAGAACACUAUAAAAUCGAAACAUCAUGCUGCCCGAACUGUAAGGGUUGUGUUGUGGUUAAUUCUCACUUAAUGGUGCUAUGCUGUUGAACAGUAUAAAGCCCAUUCAUUAAAUGCUUUCAAUUUGCUGUGUCUCAGAAACCACGGGCACAUGUCUUAAAGGUCUCUUACACAGUAUCUACAUUUCUUAUGCCAUGCAAACUAUGUAAAAAGGUUGAUGUUUCAGGUCUAUAUUUAGACCUCUGGAAAAUAUUAUUUAACUAUAUCAACCUUGUACAGCGAUUGUUUGCAGGCAAAAAUAAUUUGGUAAAUUGACCAUAAGAGACCAUAAUCAUGCUGCUUUAGAUAUUUCAAUGUCUUGAAUGUAUUUAGAAGUAGUUAGAAUUUUUUUUAACUCAAGUGUUGGCGAGAUCAGUAUAUUGAGUUUAUUUGUGAACAUGCCAUACUUUAUAUACAGAAUAAACUUACACAAAAUUUUGCAUGGUAUGAAGAGAGUACAUGAGGUGGUGCACAAUUAGAUCAAUGGCUUAAGGAGGACUUUAACCAAUCACCACCUCCAUUUUGCAGUUUUUGUGCAAGCGUUUGGUGUUGAAGAAUAUCAGUUUAACAUUUCUGGUCAUAGAUGUUUUGCACAUCAGUGAUUAAAUAUAUAUAUAUAUAUAUAUAUAUAUAUAUAUAUAAAUAUAUAUUUCGCCUUAUUACUACUUUCCUUGUGUAAUCUACACUGGAAAAUGAUCAGUCACGGCGCAAUAUAUCUAUAAACGAAUAACCUGUGAACAUAACGCACAGUUAUAAUGCCGUCUAUGGUGUGUUAGUUUAUGUUGAGAGGAACCAUUAAUAAAUCAAAGGCUUGAUGUGUAAUCACACUUAAUGUCUUAAAUUGUAAUGUGCUGUCAUGGGAACACUUUGUGCACUGGUGCAUGCAUGUACUGUAGUCAUGUAUGCAAUAGCUUUAUAACCAGCUGGGCCGCUGUGAAUAAAAGUGACUGAACAUUCAGGGAAUAAAUCUGUUUUCUGACAGCUUCUCUUUUCCAUAAAUUCCCAGUAGAAUAAAGUGGAAUAACUCAGUGUUUCAUUCCUGUCAUGUAAUUCCCAUUAUUAUCACACAGUCCAAUUAAUACUGUGAUUGUAAGUAACAGGUCACACCUUGUAAGAACCAAGACAUAGCAUUCUCCAUAUACUGUAGCCCUGUAUGCUGCACAUGAUAAACCCAUAAGUAACUGCAUAAGUAUAAAUGAAUAAUCUUUUUAAAUAAUGGAAGUUAUGUGUGAAAAAGUGAUGAUGUCACCGGCCUCCAAAGAAUACUUAGAAUGCCUUGUUCCCCAUGAAAUCAACAUAGGGGAAAGGACACACCCAAUGUAUAGGUCUGGUGCAUACCUUUUAUAUUUUUAUAACCUACUGAAUUGCUUGUGCCAGUUAUCCAAUUGAGGAAUAUCGGUUACAAGCACAGAAAGGUCCCAGCUCUACUUGUCAUACAGGUGACUUGAAAUGAUG